GUAGAAGAAAUAUAAAGAAAAUAAUAUUGAAUUUAAUGAAAUAUAUUAUAAUACUCGUAUUAAUAACAAAAUUAAUUAAAUAUUAGUGUUUAAAAAUAAUUAGAAACCUUGUGAAAUUUGUAUCAUCAAGUUAGCAUUGUCCUGUAGCAUUUCUCUUCCUGUGACAAACAGACAGCAAUUGUAAACAUUUUUAUUCUUGUCUGCUUUUCAAAUUCAUUUGAAAAUCCCAGCAAUAAAACCUAUCUCUAAACCCAUCGCCAUGGCACCAACAAUAUGUUCAGGAAAGAAGCGUCAAACACGUACCAUUGCCACCACAAAUAUACGGCGACAUGGACAAGGAUCUCAUCAGUUAAAUCAAGCUCUAUCGAAUAUUGUGAAUUAUGUUGCUAAAGGAUCUAUGAACAACCGAGUUACAGCUUCCCUAAGAAUACAACCUCACAAUCAAACAGAGAGAAACAGCAACAACAAUACCAGUUUAAACUACAGCCACUCAAUGCAAACAAGUGCCACAUCAGCAGUCUCAAAUCAUCGUCAUCAACUGUUUUCCUAUAUAUCCGACAAUGCCGUAACGUCUUCAACACAUUCGGAUACAGAAAAUUCCUAUGAUUUGAGAUUGGCCAAUGAUUCGUUUACAAACAGUUCAACAGCAACAUAUGGCAGCAAUACAACAAACCCAUCAACCUCCACAUCACAGUCAUCGUCAUCAUUAUCGGAAUCAACAACAUCAUCAUCACCAUCACAUAGAGAAACAACGUCAGCAUCCACAUCACAACCAUGCGGAGAAGAAAGAAGAUUUCAAAGGUAUGCAUCUGUAGUGCUGGCCAACAAUAACAUGGCUGGCCAAGGGGAGUGCCUGAGUAAUGGCAAUGACGUAACGGAUUUAUACGAAGAUGAAAACGACAAAGUUUCAGCUUCGCAUAAGGACACAAAUCAAAUACAUUCCAGUAACAUGAGAAACCAUUACUAUGCUUGCAAUGAGUUUGAUUCGGAGGAAGAGUACGACGAGUUGGAGGAUGCAAGAGAGCUAAACAGUGACAUGAGUGGUGGUGAUGACAGUGAUACUGGUAUGGAUACAGAUGAAGCAGAUUCCAUGACUAGUUUGGAUACGGAGAAAAGUGCAAAACUUAAAAGAGGCAAUCAUCCCCUACUGAGAGAUAAACUCUUGGCCAAACAACAAACUGACAAUAGCAACAACCACAACAACAACAACACAAAAUCUCUUACCAACAUACGCAACACAGAUGGUUUACUAUCUAUAGCCAUAAAAACCAUAAAAUUGGUUAAACGCAAUCAAUUACUGCAACAAAGACUUACGCAAUUGCAACUGGAAACCUCAGAAUUCAUACAGUCGGUUUUGGCCAACCCGGAAAACCGUCAUUUCCGUGAGAAUAUCAAACAGAAAGUGCAGGAGGUGGAAAAUGUUUAAGAAAACACUUUUGGAAUACA